UAAAGCACCAAGAGGCCUCCGGUGGGACAUUUCCUUGGCCACAGCAGCCUUGGGAGGAAGGUGGGCCCGCAUCCAGCACCAUGGCUGAACUGGAGAUGGCCAUAGGCAUGAUCAUCGACGUCUUUGCCCGGUAUGCAGGCGGCGAGGGCAACGCGCAGAGACUGACUAAGGGGGAGCUGAAGGCGCUGAUGGAGAAGGAGCUGCCCGGCUUCCUGGAGACUGGGAAGGACAAGGAUGCCGUGGACAAAAUGCUCAAGGACUUGGACGCCAACGGAGAUGCCGAGGUGGACUUCAGUGAGUUCAUGAUGUUUGUGGCUGCGCUCACAUGUGCCUGUCACAAGUUCUUCGAGGCAGGAUGCGAAUGAUACCCCAGAGAUCCAGAUUCCUUACGGAGGCGCGGCAGGACCUGGAAGUGGGCCCCUGGCUUCCAGAAAGUCCUUGUUGGCGAUUACUGCCCUGGGCUGAGCCCACUGA